UGGUUUUUUUUUUUUUUUUUCCUGUGUGACCCUAUUUUAUCAGGUGCGGCACAUGGCGUGCACGCCCUGCAUGCGCCGGUAUGCUGCAGACCUAUGCUGUCACUGUCACUGUAUUUGCUUGGAGGAGCGAUGUGGUGGCGUUCUGCAGAAGGUCACUUUGCGAAAGGUUCAGGACUUGAUGUCGGAACUAGGAAUGCGGAACACCGAUGUUUCUUUGUCACAACGGCAGGCCUACUUGAUCGCCCUAGGGAGAGCGCCUCACUUCAAAGGCCUGCCAUCUCGGCAGCAGCAGAAGAGGCCCAAAUUGCUGAGAAGUUGAGGGAGCAGAGAGAAAGGAAGGAGGCAAAGAAGAAGCAAGAGGAGGAGGAUUUGAAAAAUAAGUUAGAAGAAGAGAAAGUGAAAAUGGAGGAAGAAAUGAAGAGGAAGGAGGAGGAAAUGAAAAAACAAAUGGAGGCGGAAGAAGAAGACGGAGACGAAGAAGAAGAAGAAGGAGAAGAAGAAGAAGAAGAAGAAAGAAGUUUGGUGAGAAGAGAAAAGGGUGACGGUGCAGAAAGUGGCCAGGCGAGCCACUUACAAAUCCACCAAGGCGGCGAGGGGGAAUGGAUGGAGAGAUUUGGGUUCCGCAGUGAAAUGCCCGAUGAGGACGAGAAGGAGAAGCAGGAAUUUGAAGCAAGGCUCGAGAAGGCUGAGCCUGAGGAGAGAGGGUUAUUAAUUGCAGAGAGGGAUAACCUCCUCCAUCAGCGGUUGUUAAGUCAAAAGAGGCGGGAGAUAGAAGAAAAGAAAAAGUUGAGGGAGGAGGGAGAAGCGCUCCAGCGAAGGUUGAAAGAGCAGAGGGGCAAGGAGACUGACACAAAGGAGGCUUUGACGCUCAUGACCGACGCCUUAGAAGACAUCUUCACCAACAAGCUUGUGAACACCAUCGCAGCAAUAAAGAGAGGCGGCGGUGGUGGAGGAGGAGAUGGUGGAGAUCCGGGAGAUGAUGGAAAAGGAGGAGGAGAUCGAAAAGGAGAUGUGAACCGGAAGGGGAAUGAACAGCGAACUGAAGGAGGAGAAAGGAGGGAGAAGAUGAAGUUAAUCCCUUACCACGACCGUGUGUUGAUGGCCAGUUCAUGUCUUGGAGGGGGCGCUGCCAACUUCGCCUUAUCCUUGAUGAAGACAGCGGGUUGCUCGUCGAUGGUAGAGUAUUCCCAACGCAACCGCAUAGAGGACUUUAUGAAAGCUCUCAAGGAAAGGUUCGAGGACAAGAACCUGGCCCGGCGUACAGAGUACCUGAUUCUCAACAUAUGUAAUCGCAGGUGGAAGAGUGUGUCCGCUUUGAAGUCCACAAUGGACGAACUGCUGCAGUGUCCCGAGCACGGGUUGACUCCCACGCAGAUUCUGAACAACUUUGCAAGGGCACUUCCCAAUCCUCUGAAGUCCCAAUUGUACGCCCAGACAAAGGAAGAGGGCAUGACGUAUGAAAAGCUCAGCAAGAUUGCUGUAGACCAGGCUGGUUUCCUUCAAGAAGCAAAUUACUGCCAUUAUUGGAAGGAUUUGCAGAAAGGGAACCGAUGGAAAAACAAGACCAUAUCCGGUAACAUCGAGGGGAAGGACGGGCUUCUAGUUACAUUUGAGGAGGGGGGAGUGGAGGCUCUACCCUACGAAAACAUAGAUUACGGACUGGAAGACCCGGACAGCAACCAAUUAGCCCAGGGAGGGGACAAUGCGGUUGUUGCAGCCCGCGGGGGAGGGCGACAAGGAGGUAGAGGAGGCCGAGGUAGAGGAGGUCGAGGUAGAGGAGGCCGAGGAAGAGGUGAAGGUAGAGGACGCGGCACCCAGGGGAGUAGCAGCGAAGGUAGCUACUACGUGGGAGGUAGGGGUAAUGGUUCCCCACAAGGUGGAUGUGGUUCUCCCUUCACAGGAGGAAGAGGUAGAGGGCGCAAGCCAUGGCCAGCCAAUCCCGGGAUUGCUGAUGGCGAGCCCUGGAAGGAGAUGGGCAUUGACCAGACAGUGUGGCAGAAAAGGCUGAACGCCAAUCAAUGCUUGCAAUGUGGUGAUCCUUAUCACAUUCUAAUUUUGGGAGAUGUAGAGAUUAGUCGGACGCGAGUAGGAGCCUUAGUGGAUAGUGGCUCUACGCGUAGUUUUAUUAGUAGAAGAGGACUGAAGAAGUUGCACUUAGGAAUGAAGGUGCAGAAGUUGAGCGAGCCGGUAGUGAGGAGACUGGUCGAUAAUCGUGAGGUGCGUGUGGAGGAAUAUGUCGAGGGGAUCAAGGCAUACUUCCGGUUAGAGGAGGGAAGGAAAGUAGAGAAGGUUUUGCAUUCCCUCACCCUCUUAGUGGAAGACAACCUUCCCUUUGACUUGAUUUUAGGGACAGACUGGGGAGAAUCAACCAUGGCAGAUGUCAAGAUGGGUGAGCACGAGUGCUGGCUACCCAGCCCCACCGGGGGCAAGAAAAAGAUGAGGUUGUUCCAUGAGUCCGGUCUAGAGUCCCACUUAUCUGUUUGCUGUAUGAGUGCCCCUGCGUUCGCCCGACACGUGACAAAGGAAAAGUUGGAAGAUCAGGUGUUUGUGGCCUAUGUGAAACCGGUGAGUGAAGAGAGUAAGGGUGAAGACAAGACGCCGCCCCAAGUGGAGAACCUGCUGCAAGAGUUUGUUGAUAUCGAAGAAGCCCCAACCGGAGUAGUAGAGCGGGACGUCAAGCACCGGAUUGAAAUAGAGCCCGGUAGCAAGAUUCCCAGGGGCCCAGUCUAUAGAAUGUCUCCCAAGGAACUGGAUGAACUGCGCAGGCAACUAGAUGAGCUGAUUGAGAAGGGGUGGAUAAAACCCAGUUCGUCACCAUACGGUGCACCGGUUCUAUUCGUGCCGAAGAAAGAGGGUGAACUGCGGUUGUGCAUUGAUUAUCGGGGAUUGAAUGCUAUCACGGUCAAAAAUGCUGAACCGUUGCCCCGGAUUGAUGACCUCUUAGACAGGGUGCAGGGAUGUAAGUAUUUCUCCAAGAUAGAUCUGAAGUCCGGGUACCACCAGGUUGAGGCACAGCCGGAGGACCAGCACAAGACGGCCUUUAGGACUCGCUAUGGUCACUACGAGUUUGUUGUGAUGCCGUUUGGGUUGACCAAUGCUCCUGCAACAUUCCAAAGAUGCAUGAAUGAUCUGUUUAGAGAUUGGUUGGAUAAGUUUGUUGUAGUUUAUUUAGAUGAUAUUCUGAACUUUAGCAAGAGCUUGGAGGAGCAUCAGAAUCAUCUAUGUCAGAUAUUGACCAAAUUGCGUGAGUCUAAUUUUAAGAUUAACCCGAAGAAGUGUGAGUGGGCCAAGCGUCAAGUCCUGUAUUUGGGACACGUGGUAGAUGGAGAUGGAGUGAGACCGGAGGGCGCCAAGAUAGCAGCAAUUCGUGACUGGCCAACCCCGCACACGUUGACUGAGUUGCGGUCGUUCUUAGGACUGGCCAACUACUGCCGGAAGUUCGUUCGUAACUUCACUUCCGUUGCUGCUCCUUUGCGUCGGCUGCUGCGAAAGGAAACUGUUUGGAAUUGGGACAAGGACUGUACAUCAGCCUUCAAGAGGUUGAAAAAGUCCCUUAUCGAGUACCCGGUCCUUAAAGUAGCUGAUCCAUCCUUACCGUUUGUUAUAACUACCGAUGCUAGCCAGUACGGCAUUGGCGCUGUUCUCCAACAUCAACUUAUGAGCGUGAGCUCUUCGCCCUCAGACAGGCUUUAGACCAUUGGCGACACUACCUGCUAGGACGACACUUCAAGGUAUACUCAGAUCAUGAAACUCUGCGUUGGUUGAAGACCCAAGUCCACAUGACUCCUAAGUUGACUAGGUGGGCUGGGGAGAUUGAUCAGUUUGAUUUUGAGUUGAAACCAGUCAAGGGUAAGUACAAUUUUGAGUUGAAACCAGUCAAGGGUAAGUACAAUGUCGUUGCUGAUGCAUUGAGCAGAAGUGCAGAUUUCUUUGGUGCAAUAGUGACUUACCUAGACGUUGGCGCAAAUCUGCAGCAAAAGAUCAAGGCUGCAUACACUGAUGAUCCCGUGUAUAGUACGCUGAUAAAGAAGGUGCAGACCACACCUCAGGAAGUCGCUGAUUUCAGAAUGGUCGAUGGACUGCUGUUUGAAAAGACUGAUGUGCAUGAUAGGCUCUGCAUACCGUGUAAUGAAGAGGUACGCAGUCU